AUGGAGGUCAAACAAAUGAAAAGGAAGCUGUUUUACGGGCGGAACCACUCGUUGCAAAGUGUGGUGGUCGAGCCUCGUGGAGAACAGAAGGGCGGCUAUUGGAUCAUCUACAUCCAUGGUGGUGCUUGGCGCGAUCCCAGAAUCAUAGCGGAAUCUUUCCAAACCACCCAGUCCAUCCUCGAAGCCGACCCCAAUCUUCCGAUCUCUGGCUUUGCGUCGAUCAACUACCGACUCAGCGCGAGCGCGAAGUUUCCUCAGGACCAGGACACCACAUCUCCAGAAGACUAUCGCAAUGCAAGACAUCCGGAUCAUAUCCGCGAUGUCGAAGCGGCAUUGGCAUUCCUCCAAAAUACUUACGACUUUGGACAGCGAUAUAUCCUGGUAGGCCACAGCUGUGGUGCCACUCUCGCCUUUCAGGCGGUUAUGGGCGCGAUCGCAGGACAUCGUGAGCAGCUCUCCGACAAAGGCACCAAUGACUGUGAUGUAGACACGGAGCCAGUGAGCUCAUCUCCCGAACCACUCCCGCCGCGCUUGGCAGCGCUUCCAGCGGCCAUCAUCGGCGUGGCUGGGAUUUAUGACCUGCGCGCGAUUGUGGAGUCGCACCGGGAGAUUCCCGAGUACCGGCAAUUUGUGGAAGCGGCAUUCGGGUCGGACGAGACUGUCUGGGAUGCGGUCUCGCCGGCUCAGAUGGUUGGCUCGCGAGGAGUGGAGGGAGGGUGGAAGACUGGACGACUGGCCAUGCUGGUGCAUUCUGAUGACGACGAGCUGGUGGAGCGAGCCCAACUGGAGGCGAUGAGGGAGUGUCUUCGCGCUUGGGAGGGGCGCGAGGCGCAAAUCGAGAAGGAAGAACUGUCAUCACGCGAACGUCGAGUCAAGAUACUUGCGAUCAGUGGAGCACACGACGAUGCAUGGAAGAAGGGCGAGGAGCUUGCCCGCGCCAUUAGCCUGACCUUCUCGGAAUUAUCGGAGAUGGGACUUUCUCCGAAGUCUGCUGCACGGCCGCGAUUCUGA